GGAAGCACGGCCGUUUGAGCAACAACUGAGAGCAGAGCUUCGAUCGAGGUCCAGAGAGGGUUAAGCCUCGAUCGGCCAUGGCUUCCUUUUUCAGCCAGGCUUCGUCCUAUUUUGGUCGCAGCAAUAUCUCUGCAAACUACACGAUCAAUGAGUCUGAAACGACCCAUGCUGGCCUGUGGAGGAUACAGAGAGCGGUGCGAACAUCCGGCGGCGGCGGUGUUCUUCCCUCAGUUUCGGGAUCUUUGACACCGAGUGGCUCAGAGGGUGGUGCAGAGUCGGGUGGGACAGCGUCGAGCAGCAGCGCCGACAAAGGUCAAGCUAGUGUUUGGUCGCACAAUGUCGCAAGUCGAGGAAGAGAGCGCAACGAAGUUGUUGAGAUUCUGAAGAAGGAGGCUUCGACCUUGACUCGGCUUCGACACCCAUGUAUCCUCGAAGUCGUUGAGCCCUUUGAAGAGGUUCGCUCAGAGCUUAUAUUCGCCACGGAACCAGUCCUUGCGCCGCUCUCCCAGGCACUUCUGGCCAGCGAGUCGGCAGGAAGAGCGAGCGAGAGCGUCCAGCUAGAUGAAGUCGAGAUCCAGAAAGGGCUGCUGCAAGUCGCCCGCGGCUUGGAAUUCCUUCAUGGAGCUGGUCUUGUCCACUGCAACCUCACCACCGAAUCAAUUCUCGUCAAUGCCAAGGGAGACUGGAAAGUGGCCGGGUUUGGCUUCCUGACCCCGCUCAAGCAACCAGACGGCACGCCGACGCCUUACCGAUACCCGGAUUACGAUCCUUCGUUGCCGCCCGCUCUCUCACGCAACUUUGAUUACAUGGCACCUGAGUACGCCUUGGACGAGAAGCUGGAGCCGGCAAACGACAUGUACAGCUUGGGGUGUCUCAUCUAUGCCGUACACAGCAGGGGUGAUCCACCGUUUCGGAAUCGCAACAGCCUGACAAAUGUCAGGCAGAACGCCGAUCAGCUGAGCACAAUUGCCGGCUCCUCAUCUUGGUCCCGCCUGGGGAAUGAGGUUAUCGGCGUUCUAUCUACUCUCGUCACGCGAUAUCCGGGGUCGCGGCCGACUGCCUCUUCGUUUCAGCGAUCUGACUACUUCAACAAUAUCCUGACUCAGACGCUUAAGUUCAUGGAGCGGGACAGCUUCGCAGGACGGACAAAGGAAGAACGAGUUUCCUUCUUGAAAGGGCUCCUCAAGAUCCUCCCCCAAUUCAGCGACCGUCUCCUUCGAAGAAAGGUGCUUCCAGCCCUUCUCGAGUUGAUGAAUGAUCGGACACUUUUACCGUUCAUCCUCCCGAAUGUUUUCACUAUCUCGAAGAAUCUAUCGUCGAUUGAGUUCUCUUCCAACGUCCUGCCAAAGCUCAAGCCGCUGUUCGCGGUGCAAGAUCCGCCUCAGAACCAACUGAUGCUUUUGGAGCAAAUCGAGCUCUUCGUGUCAAAAACCUCGCCCCCCGUGUUUCGCGAGCAGGUGACGCCGUUGCUUUACUCUGCCUUGGAGGCAGAGCAAGUCGUGGUGCAAGAAAAGGCUCUGCAGACGGUCCCUCGACUUUGUGAGCUUCUCGAGUACUCGCACGUCAAGGAGGUCCUCUUUCCCAAAAUUGCCACCGUCUUCACCAAGACAAAGGUUCUUUCCGUCAAAUGCAACACUCUCAUUUGCUUCCACUCGAUGAUCUCUGUUCUCGACAAAUAUACCCUCACGGAGAAGCUUGUACCGAUCUUGGCAAGGAUCAAGACGAGGGAGCCGUCGGUUAUGAUCGCGACACUGGCCGUGCACGAGGCUAUGUCGAAAAAGGUGGACCGGGAGACAUUGGCGGUCCAUAUCAUCCCUCAGCUCUGGGCGAUGUCGAUGGGUGCUCAGCUCACAGCUGAGCAAUUCUCGAGGUUCAUGCGGGCCAUCGACGAAAUGGGCGAACGUGUCAAGACGGAGCAUCUUACCCACCUCGAGGAGCUGAAACGAAUGCAAGAUCAUACCGAUUCUUACGCUGGAGGAGCUACUACGUCAGCACAAGGAGUCCAAGGCGCUUCGAGCGGGCUCACGUCGUCGGGAGAUGUCGAUUUUGCAACUCUGGUUGGAUCUGCCAAGGGUCGGUCCACCGAGGUCAGCAGAGACAUGCCGGUGGGGGGUAACGCGCUUGAUGUUCUCGGUUGGGACGACUUGGGCGCGUCGACAUCUUCGACGCCAGCUCGAGGAAGCACACCAGCACUGACACCGUCUCACGCGAGCACUCUAGGGGGUGCUGCGCCCUUGAAACCCUCCGUGAUGAACGGCACGAGCAGCUCUUCCUCGCUGUCGUCGGCUUGGAAGCCGCCUCCGACCGCGUCGGGCCUCGCCUCACCGCCUAUCUCAAGCCCGGCCAUUACCCCGAGAAGCACAAUUGCACCUCCUCCGCCUGGGGGAAACCGACCGUCGCUCUCGUCAACGCUGAGUGCAACGACCAUCUCCUCCCCUCCGUCUUCGUCAGGCUUCAAUGGCGCGCCAAGCUGGUCGGGUGGGACGCUGAUGCCGUCUUCGUCAUCGUCGUCUGCUGUCAAACCUGCAAGUUCCGCGUCUGCUUCUGCCGGCCCCAACUACAAUAUCAGUCUGGAACCAGCAAGCAACUUUGGCCUGUCGAAUACCUCGUCUUCGUCGAGCAUGGCAUUGAGCAGUACUUCGUCGAGCGGCCUACCGCCUUUGGUGCCACAGCAGUCAAGCUUGGGGAGCUUUCCAUCUUCGGCUGCGACAUCCACCAUUUCCCCCACACCUACUUCAACGGCGGCAACGCCAAGACCGGCGCCUCCGGGGUGGGGCGGCGCCGUGUUGACUCCUACGACAAAAUCUUCCUCCAGACCGGGAGCGGGCAAUCAGGGAGGAUCUUCGGCGUGGUCUGACUUUGACCCGCUCGCAUGAAGGCAGCCAAGGAAGGCGCAGGGUCUUGUCCUGGCGCUCUGCCAAUAUAAGGGCGAGCGACAUGCAAUGUUGUUCCUCUUCAUAGACUUAAGGAGAAUGUCAUCCAGUCAAAUUGAGUCAACGAG